AUGAACAACGAAAAAUAUGCCAGAAGAAACAAUAAGGCAAAUCGAUCCUGUUGUGAUAAACUAUGCUGUGGAUGCUGUACAUGCUGUCCUCGAUGGUGUCGUUGGAUCAGUUGCUGUUUGCUAUUACUUAUCAUCGUUAUUGGUAUUGUGGUGGGGGUUUUGGCUGCUCUCUUCAAAGUCCCCACCGUCGAAUUCACAGGCAUUCAAGGCACACCCGAGUUUGGUAUGGUGGGCUUAACGACCGUCAAUCUGAAUGUUUCUUUAGGAUUUGUGGUGAAUAAUCCCAAUAUCGAAAGUGUUACAUUUACGACUUUAGUAGCUACCGCUAAUUACCAUGGUGAUACAACACCUUUAGGCGGUGGUACACUUCAUGAUCUCCAUAUUGGCUCGCAUUCAGUUACCAACAUUUCUUUCCCAUUUGCCAUGUCGAUCGAUGUCACAAACAACAAUAAUAUCGCUGUGUUAUCUAAAAUCAUGGCGGAUUGUGGACUGGGCGGUGGUACAGCCAAAGACAUCCAAUUGGAUUAUAAAGUGGUUGCAACCGUGACCAUUAUCGGUGUACCUAUCAGUGUACCAGUCUCCAACACCAUUGGAUUUAAGUGUCCUAUUGAUGUAAGUCUCUCUCUCUCUCUCUCUCUCUUUUUUUUUUAG